AUGUCAACUUUGACAGAAUCUCGACACGGGCCAGUAUCUUCGGGAGGGACUGGUUCCAGAUCAAAAGCGAUGCUGUCGUCCGCUCUACAGAAGGCCAAUACGGCCGUUUUACUCGACAAUGCGAACAAUAUCGAAGGGGCCAUGGAGGCUUACUCAGACGCCUGUGCGUUGCUGGGGCAUGUUAUGAUGAGAGCUGGGGUCGAUGAGGACCGAAGGAAGCUGCAGCAGAUAAGAGAAACAUACGAGCGACGAAUAGAUGAACUAAGGGAACUUUCACCGUUAUACAGAGUAGACGAGAAGGAACUACCCGCGCGACCACAGCAGGAUGAUUCCAUGAGCUUUGAGAGCGACGAGACCGCUUCUAUAAUAUCUGCGCCGACAUCCCCUCAGCACGUCCGAGUGCCUCCUCGACGAGAAUCCUUACAACCCGAAGCGAUAAAUGGAGGAAAUGGACCAAUUUCAGUGGCAGCAGCGGCAAGGGGGCAAAUUACAUCGAAUGGAGGUCGACCAACGUUCCGGAGGGGGUUAUCUCAUGAUGCGCUGGUGGAGGAUGAAGAAUAUGUUCCCGACAUGAGACAGAACUAUGAGGAUUUCAGGGGUAGCCCGAGGAAAGAUACAACGAGGAUGAGCUACAUUAUGGGAAGGGCUCAGUCGCCACAAUUCGUUCAGAAGGCGGGACUUAGAACGUCUGUGGCCAUAAUGGCCCAACCAAAUCUCGUCCAAAUCGACACGAGGCCCAAGUAUACCCACAAGCAGGAAGCUAGCAUAUCUCGAAUUACACAACAGAUCCCGACAUCGCAGGUUUCGCCGCCUCAGGCACAGGUGCCACGUCUCCCUCCGUCGCAACAGAUACACAUACAACUACCGCCUCAGAUGCCCCCUCCGUCCAUGCCGGUACCCUCUCUACCCGCUCAAACACUACCCCCUCAAUCAUUACCACCGCCGGCUCCGCCUCCACAGGCACCCCCUCCAGCGAUUCCAACCGCCCAAAUCAGUCAAAUACGGAAUGCGGCACGACCUUCAGUCAUUAUCCCUCAGAUGGCCCCCACGGGUGGCCCCCAAAUUGUACAAUCACGGACACCAAUCGAACCCCCUCCAAAAGUGCUCCAAACGCCGUCCCCGCAAAAGCAAAGGCAUAUGGGCCAUUCGAGAGACGUUAGCGAGGCGUCAACUUCGUGGUUGCACAACUUUGAUGACGAUGACGGCACGGAUUCACCCACUUCUUCAUUUGGUGCAACGUCACCUAGAAAGUCUGGGAUACCGGUGCCAUACCAUAGUAACGGCCUCUAUGAUAGUGAAUCGGAAAUGAUCGACGCCGCGGUCGAUGCUGCAUGGGAUGGGUUUAGUUCGGACGCCGAUAGCGAUUUUGAAUCAGCGGUUGUUAUGAGUUAUGGGGUUAAACGGUAUUCGCAGCAACCGGUGAAGUUGAUGCAUGCCCAAAGUGUGCCCGUGUUGAGGAAGAAGUCAAUUAUAGAGGAACUAGAGGAACAAGAGGAGGAGGAUGGAUUCGACGCCGAUGAUGUGAGGAAGACGGUCAUGUUAGCCAGCCAAAGGUUGUCGAAACUUGGGCUGGAUAUAGACAUUGGGCCGAGUUUCGAGGAUAGCUUUGGGGCUGAUUCGCCGCUGACUCGAGAACAAGCACGACGGACGAUCAUUGCGACACGGCAAUCGGCGAUUCUUGAUCAUGAGAUACUUCAUGACUUUGUAGACGAAUACAUGAUGGAUUAUACGCCUAGAUCGCACGCGCCUGCGCCUUUGAAUCUUGAUCUAACGAAUCAAAUAAUUGUGGAAGAUGCCGAACCGACACCUGCUGCUAGGGACACCAGGCGACGAAGUUCGAAUAUUAUCCCUGGACUGGAUUCAGGUUUUCAGCAAAUGAAUGGGAAGCGACUGUCGGCGCAAGGAGAGGUUGAGUCCAGUAUUGAUGGUCGUGAUGGGGAUGAUGAACACGAGGAUGACGAGGACACACACAUGGUGGAUAAUAUCGAGAAAGAUGUCAAUGUGGUCCACCAGCUUGGAGAGUUUAAAUUUGACUUGGACAACCACCAUGAACUGCCGCCUGUCAGCGAGACCCCUGAGCCUACUAAUGAAGCAUGGGACGAAGAAGAGACGGCAUUACCCCAUGGUGAUGAAACGAUCGUUAUGACCACUCCGACGCUGCCGGUAAGCCGUAGCACCCAGCGAUACUCUGGUGUUCUAGAUCGAAGGAUGUCAGGGAGACCGCUUUCGGGCUUGGGUCCGUUAACUAUCGAGACAAAUACUCGACAGUCACGUCUAGUAGCAACUACAGAGACGCAAGAGGAAAAAGAUGGGCCGCCAACCGCAUCUACGCAUGUGACCGUGGAAGACGGCCCCGAGACUGCGGUAGCGUCGACCAUCGCUCCUUCAGAAUUCUCACCUAGAACUCUCGAGCAAAACAUCACCGCUGCUAAGCUUGAGAGGAAGCGAAAUAGCGGGACUGAUGACGGUUCAAGCGACCACACUCAUAUCGAAACUUUAUCGCCUAGAACUAGGCAUACUCUACGAGGCACGGGUGGUAUUCUGCGGCAGACUCAAUCCCACGUCAACCUUAAGUCGGGACGUAUGGGCAGUUUCCCAGAAAGCGACUCACCUUCGUACCCUGGAUUGCAUUCUUCUGCUAGUUCCCAGAAUCUCCGAUCCGCGAAAUUUCCACCAAGGACGCCAAUGUCUGGCAACAUUGGCUCGGCUGUUGGACUGCCCACCGGAGGCUUCCAUCUUUUUGAUAAUCGCAUACAUUCACCAUCCGGGUCACGCUCUUUAGAGUCUGAUUCAUCUCACCCAGCACCAUUGGAGCCCAUGCCCCAAGAACAACUUUCGAAGACCUUUUGGCUAAUGAGAUGCCUUAACAAUACUAUCUCGAAUCCACACGGCGGAUACCUGUCUCAGAAGCUAUUUGUCCCGCGAGAAAUCUGGCUGAUGAGAGGCGUUAAGCUAAAGUGCGUGGAAGAGAAGAUUGCUGCUAGCGAGAACCUCACCGCGGCUCUAAAGAAGCUAUCGUCCGUGGAUAAAACCGACGCUGAAUUGCUCCUUAAAGAACUUCAGGACUUGGAACACGUGAUGUCCAAGACGGAGACAAUACUGAAUAAAAAGUUGGGAAGCGAUGUUGGCGCUUCUGGUGCCUCGGCUAUGUUUAAGAGCACCGAUGGUGAUGGGGACUCGAUGGGCAAUGGGAUUGAUUCCUCGAGCAGCAUGAAGGCCAUUAAUAGCUCAAGCGGAGGCCGAAGCUACUGGAAGAAAUUGAGGAGCAAGAAUACCUCCUCGAUCAUUUCUAGUAGUAGUAGCUCAUAUACAGCACUUCCAAGUGCUAGGAGUUUGGAGAGCUACGGCGAGAAUGCGAACCAUGGCAAUGGCAAUGGGGUUGGGUAUGGAAGUGAAAUGGAAGACGGGGUAGCGUUUGGAGGGUUCGCAGGUCCAUUCGCGGGAUAUUUGAAUGCGCUGUCAAAGUUGUUUGAGGCGGCCCAGGUUUUAGACCAAUUGUCAGCGCAUAUUGAAUCCCACAACUUCCACAUUACAACCCAGGUUGGCCUUGACUUGUCGAUUAAUAGAGCGGGCGAGUUCUUUGGGCUAGUCGUCUGUAGGUUUGUUUUAGCGGAUGUCACGAUCUUGUUGGACAAGUAUUUGAAGCGGGCGAGCGAAUGGGUAGUCAUGUAG